AUGGCCGCUCAUGGCUCUGUAAGUAGCCGUCUUUCUCAGAGUCUUACGGAGGAAGAUAUCCCCGGAGCAUCGCUUCAGGGAAGAAAUCCGACUGCUCUUAAAACAGAUGAACUUCGCUUUUGGUUAAAAUGUCGUGGCGAUCCAGCAAAGGGGUUAAAAACAAAGGCACAAUUGUCGAAAAGGUAAGUACAGUAUUUGUCAGUCGUUCGUGAUACUUUUUAGAAUUAAAAGAGACUUUGAUAUUGUAAAUGGAGAUCAAAAGAUUUAGGAGUUAUUUUUCUCGAUGAAAUGUUUAAAAAAUGUAAUGAUUAAUAGUUUUUCUACUUUUCAUUUUGAAGAGUUCUUGAAUAUGUUGCGUCUGGUCGUGAUAAAGAUGUUGUGGAUCCCGAUAAAAAUCUGAUAUACACGCGUCGAAAGCAGAGAUUCCAACCCUCCCGAUUUGAUCGGGAGUCUCCCGAUUUGAUGUCUUGCCUCCCGCUCUCCCGAUUUUUACCAAAUUCUCCCGAUUUAUCAUAAAAUUCUGAAAACUAGGGGAAAAUUGCUAAUCUUUAGAAUUUUUGGCGAUCUGUCACUGUGAAACACCCAUAUUAUACUUACUUUCUUCGCGAAGAGCAUUAUGGUAUGUUAUAACUCAGGCCGGAAUGAUGUCAAAAUUCAGGAAAUGGCACUUGAGAGAACCUAAAUUUGCAAAAUUUCCCGGCCCCCUGACCCCCCUAGAAGCUCGCGCCUUUGGCACUAAUAAUUACUCCCUAUUUUCCAUCACAUGGGGUUGGAAUCUCUGCGAAAGGCGAGACAAGAACAACUCGCUCAAAGUGAUGCGAUACCUGAGGAAAGUACUGUUAAAUUUCCAUCAGCCGGAUGGUCUACAAGUUUGCAACGAAUGCCAUUAUUCACAAGGGCAGAGAUGGAUUUACAUAUUUCUAAAUCUGGAAAAAACUUUGACAGAAAUAAACAGAACCAUGCUGUUCCAACAAGCAUGAAAAAGGCAAAAACAUUUCUUGAUGGUGAAUACCUGAAAGACUUAACUUGCGCAAGUGAUGACCAAUAUUUCUAUUUCAAAUGCUUGUGUUACCAUAGCUUUAAAAAAAAUGAGCCACCCCACAAAUUACAUAUUGCACUUUGUUUAGUGAGUUGUUAAAAUUAAUAUGCUUCGUGUACAUGUGUAGCAGGAUCUGUUGGUUUUUGCAAUCAUGUGCUUGCUGUUAUGAUGAAACUCUGUAAGUUCAGCUUGUAUUGUUGUCAAGAUAUUAAGGACUUGGAAAAUGAAUCUGAUAUGACACAAGCUAAGGCAUGCACUUCAAGUUUACAACUAUGGCACAGGCCUGUAAGAGGAGAUAAAAUCAAGCCCCAACCUGUCAUGGAACUUGAGGUAAAAAAGUCGAAUAUAGACACAGAGUAUAAUCCUGAUAGUGGAGUAAGGUGCUUGUUGUAUGAAGCUAGGAAAAAUUUGGGUACACAAGCAUCUGAUGAAGCUUUGUUAAAAAACAAGCUUCAAGAGAUCAACCCUAAGUUUGCCUUGUCUCAAAUUAUGUCUACUGGUGGUACCAACUUACAGGAAACAAAAUUUGGAAAAUGUCCAAGUGGCUCAUGCAAGUUACCAGUUACAGUUCACAGAGUCUAAUUUUCAAGUUUUCUGUAAUAUUGACUCAGUGCCUAGAGUGGACUGUAAUGAUGAACAAAAUGCUAUUUCCGUAUAUCCUCCAUUCCCUUUGCAACAAUCUGAGCAGUAUGAAAAGCCAGAUGAUUUAAGCAGCAACCAGGAAGCACUCCUGGAUCAUUUGAUUGUUGAUGAGGCAAAGCUUAAUACCAUAGAGAAGAAAACAAGUGAACAAGCAGCCUCACAGGAAUGGCAGGCUGAAAGGAAAUUUCGGUAUACAGCAUCUAAUUUCCACACAAUUGUAAAAAGGCAAAGGAAUCAUAACACUCUAGUAAAUAAUCUGCUUCAUCCCAAACCAUUCACUACCAAACAAACUGCACAUGGGAAAAUCUAUGAGCCUGUAGCCUUAAGAGAAUAUGAAAAAAUAUGUUUUCAACAAGGAACCCAGUUUCAGUGUUCAAAAGUGGCCUUGUUGUCAGUAUGGCCUCUCCCUUUUUAG